UUCCAAUGAAUUCAUUUGCGUGCAAUGGACUUGGCGUUACGCAUAACUCCCAAACAUUCCUCCCCCCAAAACCUCCCGAACAAAGAGGAUUCGAGGGGAAUUAAAGGAGGGCGCGGCGGUGGCGAGCACCUUCCGCUCAGCGAGGUAGCUGCACCUGCACCGGCGAGCUAGCCGCGGCCUCUAUGCUCGCGGGGAUCUGAACUAGCCGCCGCUGCCCCAUCGCGGCGAUGACUGCGGCGCCCUCUCCUCAUAUCCCAUUCCCAACACAACACUCAUUUUCUCCAUUCCCACGUAAAAGAUAGAAAGGCGAGCAUCGCAGUGCACACGCGCAAUGGAAGGCUCGCCGGUGGCGCGCCUCCCGGAGGCUAAUUCUCUCCCCGACGGCUUCGUCCCCGACAGCGAGAGCUCAGACACGGACGCGGCUCCUCCCUCCUCCGCGCCCAUAGUUGACGAUGCAAUCGACUCCGAUAGUCCCGACGCCACCAACCCCGGUGGUGAGGAAACCCUAAGUGAUCCCUCCCUUCCCGCGUCCACCGCCGAAGAUGCCUCCUCAGCCGCCGCUGCUGAAGCAUUGGACACACUUUGUCUGGACGUUGUUGCGGAUCCGGAGCGCGCUCUAGGGGAGCACGGACCCACCACUGCUGCAAGAGGUGAAGGAUCCUUGAAGGAAAAUCGUGCAUCAGAGCAAGUGGGCGCUCCAAGUGAUCAAAAGGUGGUCAAGGGGAGCGGUGAGCCAAAACGCAAGGUCAUCAAGCAUAGCAAGCUUGAGAAGGACAAAGAGUUAUUUCAACUAGCCCAGCAAUACCACAAAGUGGUUGCAGAAAGGGAUCAAGCCAUUGCAGUCAAAGAUAGACUAGAAUCUCUUUGUAGGGAAUUUCAGCGUCAAAACAAAAUGCUAAAGGAAGAGUGCCAAAGGGUAUCGACAGAGGGACAGAACAUGCGUACGGAAUUGUCUGAAAAAUUUGAUCAUGCCAUAAAGGGUGUCAGUGCCAAACUUGAGGAGCAGAGAGUUGAGCGCAUUUCUCAGCUAGAAGAGAACAAUACGUUGAGAAGUAAACUGAAAGACCUUGCUGAUCAAUAUAACAUUACUCAGCAGAAAUAUGCUCACCAAUUGAAAGAGAAAAUGCUGGAACUUGAACUUGCUGAUCUGAGACUUCAACAACAUCAAGAGAAGGCUGCUCAGGAACAUACACAAAUGCAGUUGUAUGCUGAACAAGUUUCUCAGCUUAUGACUACUGAGAAGAACCUGCGGUUGCAACUAGCUUCUGACGGGGAAAGAUUUCAGCACUUUCAGGAUGCCUUGUCAAAAAGCAAUGAAGUCUUUGAAACUUACAAGCAGGAGAUGGAAAAGAUGAUUUCAGUGAUAAAGAAUCUUAAGAAGGAGAACGAAUUUCUGAAGGGAAAAUGUGAGAACUCAGAUAUUGCUAUUGUGAAGCUCAUUGAAGAGCGUGAGCUAACAAAGAAGCAAAUAGAGAAAUUGAAAAAUCAAAGGGAGAAGCUCGAAUCCCUGUGUCGAACACUACAGGCAGAAAGGAAACAAGGCCCCUCCGCCAGUAUUCCAGAUGCCCCUUCUAGCCAAGAAGUGUCAGCGACAAGUCAAGAAUCUUAACAUUCCAGUUGCCCCUUCUAGCCAAGAUGUGUCAGCAACAAGUCAAGAAUCUUGGCAGUUGUGCUUGUCAAUAUACCGUUGGUGCCAGCUACAGCUUGCGGAGAUUUCUGAAGCCUGACAUUCAGCUGUCAACCUACCGUCCGUCUCAGGCCUUUUGAUAUUGUGGCUAGAGCCUAGUGGUGCAUUCCUACUCGGUGUUGUUACCAAGCAUAUAAGCUCUCGGCUGAUUCCAUCUCUUGUUUUUGUUUGAGACAAAGCCUGCUGCAUUGGAGAUAAUUAGAUUUUUGCCAAUCAUAAUAUUGUCUUCUUGUUAUAAUUACCACUGUGUCUAUGAAUUGUGGGUCUAGCUGGGUCUAUGAAAUGUGAGUCUGAUGACAAUUUUACAAACUUGUUUCUUGCUGAUGGUAAAUAUCAGAAUCUCUCGCUGCAUUGUGAGUGUGUUAA